ACUUCCUGUUUUGUUUUUCUUUCGUUCCGUGUCUGCUCGGGUCGGGUAGAUAAUGGAAGAAUUUGCGGGUCGAGGAGACAACCACAGCCUGCCCGUGAAGACACUCGCUCUCUUCAGACACCGGUGGACCUUAUAAACCCGACAGAAGCAGCGGGCAGCACCGACACCUGCCGCGGGGCUUCACACACCCUCACUCCGCCUCUGGUGUCCGCGACAUGGCACUCAGCUCGGGCGGCUGGGCUCCUCCAGCCCCGGUCCCUGCCUCGUCCCAACAGGCAGCAUGCGGCGGGCCUGCGCUGACGCCUUGCUGCAGUACUGUUUUAAUGUCAGUCCGGGUUUCGGUGUGCCAUUCCGGGAUCCGGCCCCUGUGCCUCCCCGGAGCAGGCAGCGAGGCUCUGCGGCUGCAGCUCAGCAUGGACCCGAGCCGGGCCGGAGAGUUCCGACUGGCGCUGCGAGAUACGAGCGGAAACCGCAGCGUGUUCAUUGCAGAGUUUGACCUGCGCUUGGUGCAGUACGAGGUCAAAUCUCCCCGCUGCCACGAGAUGCGUCUCGCUGCUCCGCCCCACGACUGCAUCCGCUUCAACUUCCGCUGCGACCGCGAAGCCGAGGAGUGGGCCACGGUGGUGAUGUCAUCGCUAAGAGAGGCACAUAGAGUUGCAAACAUUAACACAUGUGAAUCAGACGGCAGACACAAUGACACAGCAGCAGCCAUGGAGCAGUGGAGCUCAGCCUCGCUGCCGCUCACUGAGGAGCUGUGUUUGGAGCUCGCCAGGGCGAUUGAAGCAGGCGACACUCAAGCCGCUUCACAGCACGCGUCCGCUCUGGCUCGGCAGAAAGCAGUGCUGACGAUUCAGCUGUCUGAAAAGAACUACGCAGAGGGAGAGAUCAGUUUAUCUGUGGUAGUGGAGGAUGUUUCAUCAUCCUGUUGUGUCACAGUCAAAGUCUUUCCGUACAUGACCGUGGCUGCACUCAAGCAACAGGUGUUUCUCGAGUACGGUUUCCAUCCUCGCGUGCAGCGCUGGGUGAUUGGUCAGUGCUUGUGCACCGAGCCGAGGUCGCUGGCCUCCUACGGGGUGCAGAAGGACGGGGAUACCGCGUACCUCUACUUGAUCUCCGCCCGACAAGCUCGCAUCACCCGCCAGCUGUUCCAGCAGGACCUGGAGAGCGCUCUCCUCGCCCCACCUCUCCCACCUGGCAACGGCCCCACCUCCCAAGACUGGAGGGGUUACAGCACCCUGCCCUCGAGGCUACCCCACAACAACCAGGGCGGAGGAGCAGACAGACCGGGUGAUAUCAAAGAUGUUCUCGACAUUGAGAACCUGCAGCUGAAUGAUCAUCCCAACAAAGCCAGUAAAACACAGCAGACAGAGUGGUCUUGUCCCUCGUGCACUUUCAUCAACAAGCCGUCCCGUCCAGGCUGUGAAAUCUGUGCUACAGCCCGACCCGACGCACACAUCCAGCAGGAGAAAGGAAGGAGAGAGGAUCGAGGAGAGACCGGUUUAAGCAGCAGCUGACUGCCCAUCAUCGCUGUCAGGUCGCCAUGUCUCACUCAACUCACACACACACACACACACACACACACACACACACACAGAGCGAGGAUGCCAAACAACAAAAUACUCACAUGAAGACUGUCAAAUGCACUGAGAGUCCUCUGACAGCUGGAGCGAUUGAAGCACUGUAGCAUGACACAGAGCUGCACUGGUCGAGGCUCAGAUGAUGAACUGCAGACAGAGCGUGCCAGCUUGGAGCGGUUAUAUUGACAUAACCAUGACAUACAUCAGAAUUUGGCAAGACCUCUUUAUUUAUUUUACAGGGUGUACGUGUGUGUGUGUGAUGCAAACAACACAGACAGCCUAAUAUUUAUUUUAGGUGAGACGUGAUUCUUUGCAUUUGAUCGCAGCUCACAUCGAGGGAAUGUCAUACUUUCAGUUUCUGCUAACUGUGAAGUGAGAGGAGAGGUGAAACCCUGUUCUGUUUGUUCGAGUGUCAUCUGCGAAAAUAAUUUUGGCUGUUUUAAAAGAGAAGAGAAAAAAAAAGCCAUGGCUGAAAAGAGAAGGUGUGUUGCGUUUACAGGGUUGUCAAGUGCUUUUAUUUUUUUAUAACAUUGUAUUAAGUGUAUUAUUUUUAACCAGAUGCAUUGAGUAAUUGAUGUACAUUUUAGCAGUUGAUCUAAUUUUACUCAAUUCCCUCUGAGUUGUGACAGCAAUGGAAUGAUCUGUUUUCAGUACAUAAUACUGUAAAAACUUGCAUUAGCUGAAUAAACUUAAUGAAAAUGAAACAAAUCCCA